GCGGGCAGCGGCGCCCCGGGCGGGCGCGGAGGGGCCGGCGAGGCCGGGGCGGCUGCGGGCGGAGCGCGGCCCGCGGCAGCAUGUCGGGCGCUCGCUGCCAGACGCUGUACCCCUUCUCCGGGGAGCGGCACCGGCAGGGACUGCGCUUCGCCGCGGGGGAGCUGAUCACGGUGCUGCAGGUGCCAGACGGCGGCUGGUGGGAAGGGCAGAAGGAGGACGGUCUGCGCGGCUGGUUCCCGGCCAGCUACGUGCAGCUCCUGGAGCAGAAACCCAGAAAGGCAACUCCUCAGACAGGAGAAGAUACCUUGAAUGGCCAUCUCCCCCCUGGCUGGCAGAGCUAUAUGUCCCCCCAGGGCCGAAGGUACUAUGUGAACACCUUCACAAAUGAAACGACCUGGGAGCGUCCGAGCAGUGUUCCUGGGACCCCCAAGAGCCCUGUGUCACAGAAGAGCUCUGCAGUGAAUGGCUACCACAUCUCUGGAACUCCAGUGCACCAGCUCGACUCUGGCCAUAGCCCGGGGUCCCCGGCGGCGCCGCGGCGGCAGAGCAAGGAGAGCAGCCUGACGAUCAACUGUGUAACUUUCCCCCACCCUGACGUAAUGCCAGAGCAGCAGUUGCUGAAACCUUCAGAGUGGAGCUACUGUGAUUAUUUCUGGGCUGACAAGAAGGACUCCCAAGGGAACAACACAGUGUCAGGAUUUGAAAUUCUGCUUCAAAAGCAACUUAAAGGGAAACAAAUGCAAAAAGAAAUGGCAGAGUUUGUUCGAGAAAGGAUAAAGAUUGAGGAGGAAUAUGCUAAGAACCUGUCCAAGCUGUCUCAGAAUUCCUUGGCUGCUCAGGAGGAAGGGACUCUGGGAGAGGCUUGGGCUCAGCUAAAGAAGAGUCUGGCUGAUGAAGCAGAAGUCCAUCUCAAAUUUUCUUCUAAGCUUCAGAGUGAGGUAGAAAAACCGCUGCUAAACUUCAGAGAGAACUUCAAGAAGGACAUGAAGAAGUGUGACCACCACAUCGCAGACUUACGGAAGCAUCUGGCCAGCCGCUACGCUGCCGUUGAAAAGGCCCGGAAAGCCUUGACAGAGAGACAGAAGGAUCUGGAAAUGAAAACACAGCAGCUAGAGGUGAAGCUCAGCAACAAGACAGAAGAGGAGAUUAAGAAGGCAAGAAGGAAGUCCACUCAGGCAGGAGACGACCUGAUGCGCUGUGUGGAUCUUUACAAUCAAGCCCAGUCCAAGUGGUUUGAGGAAAUGGUGACCACCACCCUGGAACUGGAGAGACUGGAAGUGGAAAGGGUAGAGAUGAUCCGGCAGCAUCUGUGCCAGUACACACAGCUGCGUCACGAGACAGACAUGUUCAACCAAAGUUGGAGCUCGUGGAUCAGCUGCUUCGGAAAGUGGAUCCUGCCAAAGACAGGGAACUGUGGGUAAAGGAACACAAAACUGGAGACAUCCGACCGGUGGACAUGGAAAUAUAGACUGGGCUGGAGCUGUCUGGGAGGAGUCCACUCACUGAGCCCAGGCUAAGCUUUGGUGUUUAAGGGUCAGAGGAACAUAGGGAAGAAGGUGGUUCCGCCAGCAGAUCCCUUGUAAUUUAUGCCUGUAGGGGCUCUCUCUGUUCCAUUUAGUCAUUAAAAUGGUCCUCAUUGUGCUAAGCCUUAAGCACCAGACAUUCCAGGGUGAAGAAACCAGGUGUGUGCUUCCCACCAGAGGUUCCCCAUUGCACGCAGCUUCCAGAAGAAACCUGCUCUCUGGUACAGAGUGUGCUCUGGUCUUCAGUGACUUUGUGCUACAUCCCUUGCAUGACUAUCUUUAUACAGUAUGUUAGAACAACCAUGCAGUGAGCCUCUGGCCAGCAAGUACAUAACUCUUUGAACAUGAUGCAGGAGGCAAGGAAGUCCUGAUCAUGAAUCCCAGGUCUGUCACUGACUGCUUUACUGGCUGUAGGCAAGUCAAUUAACUUUUCUGGCUCCCCCAUCUAUGAGACAUGCAUCUCUCAGCAGUGUUGUGCAAGUACUUUUGUAUCUCAGAACACAGCUUCCCACCGUGGCAGGGAAGUGAUGGCCCUUCUCCCAAAAUCUCUGGGGAAGACUCCUGCUCUUCCUGUUUUAUACUCCCUCUCAGGGAUACAUGAACCCAUUGUCACCAUGAUUUCUGUUCUAGGCCAAACAACAAGGUUGAAAGUGUUGCCAUCACUGUUGUUUAUCAGGAAAGACUUGGUUGUGCUCUACCUACCUCAUUAGCUGUCUGAGUGCCCUCAGUGACAGGAAGAGGUCAUCUACCAAGGAAUAAAUGAGAUGUUAAAAACCUUUGCUGCUUUAUGCAAGAUGUUCUCGCGGUAUCUCCUGAAACACAGCUCCUCUAACAUUUUAUUAGGGAUUCAGGUUUAAAUUGCCCUUUGUUGGUUCCUCCAGGUGGAUAUCACAGCCUUUAGGUACCUUCAGUUAGGAAGUUUGUCCAGCCACAUUGUGGGGUUUAUCCUUUUAGAGCCUGAUUUCCAAAGGUGCCAUGAAUCUGU